AUGGAUAGAAGUCAGAAAUUGAAAGCCAAAUGUCAGGACGAUGGCAGUCAGAAUUCCGAAGUCAGAAGUAUUGAUGUCGAAAACAUGAGAGGAAGAAGGAAUUGUUACGAUUCUUCAAGUCUAGAUGAAAACGGACACCAGUUCAAAUCCUUUGAUGAUGUUGUUUGGCCGAUGGAGAGUUUGAAAAUCGGAGUCGAACAGGACAGAAACGAGGAAGGCGUUGUCACGGUCCUUGAAGAUGAAUACGGAAAACAGUACAAAGUUGUUUCGUUUGAUGAUAUCGUUUUUCCGAUACGUAUGCUGGAAAUGGGAACUAGGAAGAGACUUUCUAAUGUUAAGAAUUUCCAGUACAAAGACGGGGAUGUACUUUUAUGUAGUUUUCCUAAAACAGGCACACACUGGACGGCAAAUCUUAUACAUUACCUCAUGUACGAUGGUCCCCUUGAUGCCUUGGUGUCCCAUUCACCUUGCUUCAUAGACUUGUUUGAUAUUGAGAGUGCUGGGCAAAGGGAAGGCAGAAGAAUUAUAACAUCCCAUUUACCACCAAAACGUCUACCAAUUGAACAUUUUGCAAAAGGUGGGAAAACUGUUCUAGUGUUCCGUAAUCCAAAAGACACGGCUGUGUCACAGUUCCAUCAAUUUAGAAGACUCAAAUUGUUUGGCGAUUUUAGAUUGUCAUGGAACAGUUAUAUUAAUUACUGGAUUGACGGAAAGGUCCCGAUGGGUUCUUAUUUUGACUACUACAAAAACUGGCAAAAGGAUAUACAAGACAAUCCUGAGAGAGAUGUUUUAGUUGUGCAGUAUGAAAAUCUGAAAAUGGAUAGUUUGAAUCAGAUACGCCGAAUUCAGACUUACCUUGAACUGAAUCAUUCUGACGAACGGCUUCGAGCUGUGUUAGAAAAAUGUUCCCUUGGAAAUCUAAAGGCUGAUGUAGAAAGCGGGAAAAUUAAAACAGCCCUGAUUGAUGAGGCUGGGAAAUCCAUUCUUUACAGAAAAGGCAUUAUAGGAGACUGGAAGAACCAUUUCACUGUCACACAGAAUGAGAAAAUAGAAGCAGUAAUGAAAGAGAAAUUCAAGGAUAGCAUGUUUAAUUAUAACACAUGAAGCUGUUAACAUAUACUUAGUUGGACGAAUUCUUAUUAUAUUCAAGUGUUUAGAACAGCAACAUACGUUUUUCCUUGCACACCGGACUGGCGUUUCCGCUGAUUUUACCCAUGCCGACAAAACCCAUCUAGCACCCCUGUUAAUGACAACUAGUGGUUCAUGCACUGAUAAUAUAUUGUUUUUUGUAAAAUACGAAAAAAGCAGGUACCUUGAUAGUUUCUCUCCGUUCCUUAUAGUAUAUUUUUCUAUUCAAAAUACGUUAGUUUACCGUAAGAACAUAACGUUACGCUAGAAACGAUAAAACUAAAGUGGAACUUUGUUAUUGUGCGUAACGCAAAACAUCAUGACGUCACUUCUGCUUACAGACGUUAAUUUCCCGCGUUUUGUGUUCAUUCUCUACUUUAAGAAAGAGUGCUCCGUAGUUAUUUCUACCUGUUAUUUGUAAAAUACGGUAUGCAAGAAAAAUAAUCUGCCAGAAUAAAAUGCUAGCAUGUAUACGAUAUGCAAGAUAAAAGGCAAGCCUCAUUACCGCCCAAUGCGCAGGUGCCCUCGGGA